GCAGCAGCAGUGAAGGUACAAGUUUAGGUGAUCGAAAAAAUUAAUCAAACGUUUUCAGUCACACAAGCGACGAACAACACACGCGAGUUGAAGGCGUGCAGAGAAGACGCGUCAAAUAAAAGUGAUUCGUUGGAAGUGUUUCUUGAAAACAGAGAGGUGCGUUUUGCCAAAGGUGACUCGAACUUCGUAGCAGGUGAAUAGUUGGUACAACAAACGGUCUUUUUCUCCCGUGUGUCCCCAUCCAGUGCAACCGGUCAAAAUUCGUUGGACGGAAGUCACGAAAAAUCCGACACGCGACUGGUCCGUCCCUCAGAGCCGCGGGUAGCCUGCUGUAGAUGUGUGUGACACGUUACAUGGUCUCGUGUGCGUGCGUGUAUGCCAUGCUCCAAGGUGUGUUGUAGAGAGACAGACGUAUAUGUCACUCCCGUCUGCGCCUCUUCUUGCAGCAUAGUGCUGACCAGCCGACGAGAGCGAGAAGGCGCCAAAAGCAGACCAACUGCAGAGUGCGAGAGUGCAUAGUGUAGUGACGGCGGAAUACCGAUAAGAUUUUCUAGCGAAAGCGCUUAACAUCAUUAACGGCAAGCAGAAAAACAAUCUCAGUGCAUCCAGAAACAAUCGCACCCAGUCUGGUCGGGUGGUGCAAGGAAAACAACAAACAUCGGAAUCGUUUUCCAAGCGGGAACGUGGUCGCGAGUCCGACGCAAGACUUUAGAAGCGAAGAGAGGUGUCCUGUGCGAAUCGCGGGUUUCUUACCGGUCGGUGUUUGAACGCGGAAGUGUGUUCUGUUCGACGGAAAAAGGGUGUUUUUUGUUUCUACAAACGUACAACCAACACUUCACAAACAAUGGAGAAACGCAUCCUGUUGGAAAAACGAGGCCGCUCGGAUGAUCAGAUCACAGAGCUCAUCCUUGACAACUGUCGGAGUACAUACAUCGAAGGAUUGACGGACAGUUUAACCGCACUGGAAACACUCAGCCUUAUCAACGUUGGGCUGGUAUCGCUGAAAAAUUUCCCUAAGCUAUCGAACCUCCGUAAGCUCGAACUAUCGGACAACAGAAUAUCCAAUGGCCUGACCAACCUGACAGGCAGUCCGAAGCUGACGCAUCUGAAUUUGUCCGGAAAUCGCAUCAAAGAUUUCGAUGAACUGCAGCCAUUGAAGCAUCUGCAGAAUCUUGAAGUGCUCGACUUGUUCAACAAUCAGGUCACACUGAUCGAGAACUAUCGUGACAAAAUUUUCCAACUGAUACCAUCACUGGCAUAUCUGGAUGGGUUUGAUAAAGAUUUCGCAGAAGCACCUUCCGAUGACGAUGAAUGUGUUGGCACGGAGGAGGAGGAAGAUUCGUGCGAGGAAUCGGAUGACGUCUCACUGGCGUAUCUGUACAAUGAGAACCUCGAGGAAGAUCAGGAGGACUGGAAGAGCGUGGAGAGUGAUUACAACAACGACGUAGACGACGAGUUUGACACGGAGGAUGAGGAAGACGAUGGCGAAGAGGAUGGCGGUGGUGCCGGUGCGAACGAUGGUGAGGACGGACCGGAUAGUGACGGUAGCGGCUUGGAAGAGGAUGAUGAAGACGAGGACGGCGAAGAUGGAGAGGACGGCGAUGAGGCGGCCGAGGCAGCAGAUGCCCCGGCGGAAGCGGAGGCAGGAACAACCGCCGCCACAGCUGCAGCAGCAACAACAACAACAACCACCACAACAGAGACGGAAGCUGCAGCCAGUGCCGCCGCCGCUGACGAGGAAGACUCCGAAGCGAAAGCUACUGAAUCGGAAACCAGAGGAAAGAAGAGAAAGUUCGAAGGCACUGAUAGCGAUGGUUAAACAGCCACGCAUCGUAGAGGACAAGACGACGAGAGGUACAAAGGAGGGAGACACGGCCACAAAACCAACACAUACGGGACAGGCAGACGGGGGCUUCGCCUGCCCUCACACAGAAAGAGAGAGAAAGGGAGAGAGGAGGAGAGGUAUUCAUUAAGAUGAUUUCCUGGCAACCACCCCAAAACAAAAUCGUUUGCAAAAUUAGAACCAAACCCUCAUGCAGUACAUUCUUUACCAACAACAGGACAGUGUAAUCAUCUUUGAAAAAAACCCAUCAAACAAACAAAUCUGAUACAACAUCCAUACAAACAAUACAUUUAAAUGGUUCUUUGCGGAGCAAAAGAAUACUAUUCCGUUUUGAACCGACUAGCUUGGAGGAGAAGAGUAAGGAAGGAAAGAAAUACAAAACUUUAAACAUACAGUAGGACAUAGAAACGUUGCGACAAUUCACCAGUUUGCUGAUACCGACGAGAGAGAGUGAAAAACCGGAAAAGCGGAGCGGAACUACUCUAUCCUCGAAUUUGUGAAUAUUUUGUAAUCGCAUGUAAGGAGACUGGGAAGAGGCGGGAGGGGUGAGUGAAUGGUCAUUUAAUCAUUCGCACAUGCGUGAGGAACACAAAUGAUUGAAUAUUUGGGGUGGGAGGGGGAGCCGCAAAGGAACUACUGGAUUAUUCGUUAAAUACCCUUAUGUUGUAGUGUUAUUUCCGUUUAUGUAAGACACAUCAUAUGAGAAGAAAGUUUUGUCCAUUCUUUUGGUUUUAUUGUUUUCUUCAAUCUCUUGUCUAUGUUUGUACCUUAGUUCCACGUUUUGGUCCUUUAAUUUUAUUUGUUUUUUUUUAUUCGUCCAGGAUACCAAUUUGAACAGCUUAAACACACACAUUAAACCCAUGCGAGCAAAAUGCACUUGUUGAAUAUUUAGAACGGGACAAAAAAUAAAAGAAACGCAUUAAUUUAAACCUACAGCACCCGAUAAAAAUCCCAAUGAAAUGUUACUGUUAAUGUUUCGAAGCAAUGAUUUUUAUUAUUAUUAUUAUUUUGCUAAGUGUGACCAACUUAUUUGUUGAAGAUUUUAAUUUUAAAUCUUUCCUUGUAAGCAUACGAUCAUUUACUCAGGCAAUGGUUUUCGUUAGUAUUCAAGUCAGUAAGCAAAGCCUGCUAGAUCAUUCAUAUACCAGGUUGAAAGUCAACAUGAUUCUUUCUCUCGUGUAGUGGCAGCAGGAGGAAAUGGGCGUGCAGGCAAUGAAGAGAUUAAGAUGUGCGACGUGUUGAAGUCAUUUUUAUCCCAGAUUGAUCCGUACGACAAACAGCGGGCGCCUUUUUUCAUUUUCCUACCGACGGUGGAAAUGCUGUACAGUAGCUUCCGUGUGGCAGCCGGCUAAUAGGUAUUGAGAAUUGCAGGAUAUUUUGCCCGAAGGGUUGGGUGGGUGCCGGUGUGAAACAUCUAUAUCGUAUUAAUUUUUUAUAAAAGAAUUAAUCUAUAAAUCAUUUUGUUCUUAAAUACAACUUAGUUAUAGGAUUUUAAGCCAGAUCAAAACAUCAAAGAAUCAAAGCAAAGGAUAUAGGAUUAGUGUGGUAUAACAUGUGGAAAUGUUUGGAGAAUUUCCUAAAACAAUCUAUUUUCUCUUUCUAUGUGGAAAAACGAGUUCGAUCUAAUGCUACUCAUUGCUUUUCUCGCAAACAUACGUUUGUCUUCUUUGCAUACGAUUGAUAACGUGGAUGUUUGACUGAUAUCAUUUUCGUCUUUCCGUUCAACUGUUAACGUUACUCGUUUUGCCUUAAAAUGCCAAACAUUAAUUCCAAAUGUGUUUUGGUGUCUGUACGCUAUGAAGCAACGUUUUCCGUUACUGAAAGCAUGUAUUCCUGUUGCAUUUGUUGAGGAAAUCAUUUUGAACAACAUU